AUGGAAACAUUUAUUUGUCCAAGUGAUAGACAAUUAGCAUUACGUGCAAGACUUGGAACAGGUUGGUCUUCUAGAGCUCAAUCAGCACAACGUCGUCGAGCUCAACCAUUAACAACAGAUGAAGAAGAACAAAUUUUACGUGUUCUACGACGUAAUGAAUUGUUAGCUGAAAAUGAAAAAGCUAGAGUUGAAGCAAUGCUCCAGAAACUUGAUCGUUUAAAACAAACAGCUGAUUCUAGAAAAAAUGAAGAAUGUGCAUUAUGUCAUAAAGAAUUUGGUCAUCUAAGUAAUUUACCAAUAGUUUGUGUAGAAUGUGGUCGUUAUGUAUGUACAACAUGUUGUGUAGAAUUAGUUAUUCCACCAUUAUAUCGACAGCCAAUCACAAAGCGUAAUUCAUUGCUUAAUUUUCAAUGGAUGUCAAAUACAUAUGGAAGUGGAAAUUUAUUAAAUACAUCAAAACAUCAAACAUAUUUUACAAUGGAUCAAACUCGACAAAAUGGAAAUACAACAUUAAAUAAUUCAAAUAAUUUAAAAAGAUUAACAAAUGAUACAAGUAAACCACGAUUUUUAAAUCGUCGAAGUAGUUUAAUGGGUACAUUGAACUCAGCUGCAUUACAUAGUCAACAAUUAUUUGAAAAGGUUAAAGUUAAAGCGAAUUCACGUCAAGGAGAUAAUCAUUCAUUUGUUUGUAAAAUAUGUUAUGAAGCAAGAGAAAUUUGGAAACGUUCUGGUGCAUGGUUUUAUAAAAGUCUUCCACGUAGUCGAAUGACAAGUUGUCCAUCUAGUCCAUCAUCAACACCUGCUAAUAAUAAUUGUCAAAUAUUUAAUGAUAUAACAGAUCUUGUGAAACCAUUACAAAUUAAUACAAAUAACGAAAGUCAUAUUGAACAUACUGAUAAUGAAUCAGAACAAUGGAUACAAUUAAAACCUAACCGACGACCUUCUAAACCUGAAGGAUCAGAAGCUGAUAGCUCAUCUUUACCGAGUACAAGUAAAGAUGCACCACAAAAUGAAGUUACGUCAAGUACGAAAACACGUGGAAUAUCUAAGGGAUUUCCGAAAUCUCCGGAACAUUCUUCAUAUACUGCACCGGAUCAAAGUACUGUUGAUGUACCCAAAUCAAAUUCACCAACAUAUACGAAUGUGCCUGCAACUACGAAUAGUCAAGAUAUAACUCAUAUCUCGCCGGCCUCAUGUCUUUUAUCCGAUUCACUAAAUACUAGUUCAUUAUGGAGACCACAGUCACCUGUUUCAGCACAAUCAUUUCAUCCGUCAUUUGUAUCUAAUAAAAGUGUUAAUCAUUCGACAGCCUCUGCAUUAGCUUCUUCAUUUACAAAUGCCAAUUCUACACAGAAAGUUGCAAGUUUAACAGGUGAAAAAGAACCAUCCAAUCUUCUUUCACCAUCAUCGGGUGCCACGUCUACAGUACGACGUUCAACUGUAUCUUCAAGUGAAGAAGCUCCAUUCGGUGUGCUCUACUUUACAUUAUAUCAUGAUACAUUGAAUAAACAACUUCAUGUAGCUAUUCACAAAGCUAAAAAUUUAAUUGCAAUGGAUGCAAAUGGUUUAUCUGAUCCUUAUGUUGUAUGUCAAUUAUUACCAACAAGUCAUAAUAGUACAACACCACGUACAUCAACACGACCACAAUGUUUAAAUCCAGUUUGGAAUGAAGCAUUAACUUUUGAACCAUUUGAUGGAAAAAAUAUUCAAUUAAAAACAUUAAGAUUAGCUGUACUUGAUGAAGAUUUGUAUGGUUCUGACUGGCUUGGAGAAUAUCGAUUACAAUUAUCUCAAUUGAUUCCUAAUCGUUUAACCGAUUUCUCAGUUCCACUUGGCCCACAUAAACCGAUACAACGUGGUGAAUUUGAUUUAGCAUGCCCAACACGUGGUAAAAUACAACUAGGUCUUGGCUAUUUAGAAGAUCGUAAACAAUUAUAUGUUGAAGUAAUUCGUUGCGCUAAUUUAGCCCCAAUGGAUCUUAAUGGAUUCUCUGAUCCUUUUGUCAAAUUAAAAAGAAAAAAAGAGAAAGAGAACAAGAGAAACUAAGCGAUGGGGAGAGAGAGAGAGUAAUAAAGACAGAAUAAAUCCGUUUUUCAUUAAAAUAUUAAAAAGAAAAGAAAGAAAAGAAAAGAAAAAUUUUUUUAUCAUAAAAUAUUAUUUAUUUAAGGAUGAAUUUAUUUAAAAAAACUAAAAAACAACAAACAAAAAACAAAAAAAUAAAUUCAUAAUAAUACACAUCAAUAAAUAAAAGAAAAUGUAAAGGUUAGCGGAGUAUUCUCUAUUGAGUUUAAGAUUCUAAGAAGAAAAAAAAAGAAGAAGAAGAAAAAGGAAAUCUAACAAUUUAUAGAGGAAAUUAAGUUUAUGACCUAAUUUAUUUUUCUCUAUUUUUUUUUGUUCGAAAUAAAAAAAACUAAAAAAAUGUAAUUAAAACUAACGAUAUAAUUUUUUUUUAUUAUGUAAUGUAAGCUUUCAAUUAGCUUCUUUCUAGAUAGAUAUAUUAUUAGCCUAGUUAAUUAUUAAUUGAAUAUAAUAAUAAUAAUAUUAGUAUUAAUAAUAAUACAACUGUUGAAUACAUAAUGUUUACGC